ACCAUGCAAGAAACCACGAUGUAAUAAUGAUGAGAUAAAAAUUCGUAAAUACUAAAUCGUAAUCUUUAUUUUUCGUGAAAUUUGCUGAUGAUUGAUGAACACUACAUGAGCGUCAUAUUUAUAAAUAGAAUGAGCUCCAAAGAGGAAUUUUUAUCCAAAACUGAACGCACUAAGUGUUGGUUGUCUCGUGAUAAUUUUUGGGAAUGUCUGCGUUCUAACAAUGAUAACACAGACAAAUGUACUGAUCUCAGACUAAUCUAUGAAUCAUCUUGUCCUGUUCAAUGGGUAAAACAUUUUGAUAGAAAAUAUAACUACUUGAAGUUUAAAGAAAAAAUGGAAAAAGAUGGUUAUGAACCUUUAAACGAAAAAUGAUGUACUUAAUAUAAUAUUAUACUCAAUAUUGAUGUUAGUUUAAUUGGUAGGUAACAUUAGCUAUAAUAGUUUAUUUGAAAUUAG